AUGGCAGACAUGCCAUAUGCAGAACCUGCUAUUGGAGAAGCAACUGAACAUGUUGAUUAUGCAAUAGAGAUUGUAAAUGGAGACAUAAGUUGUGAAACUGGAGUUGAAGUUGCACAUCCUUGGGACAAGGCUCCAUCACUUUGGCUAAAAGAUUAUGUAGCUACACAAGCUUCUAGUUCAUGUGUUUACUCAUUAGAAAAAUAUCUGAGCUAUGGAGGACUGUCAUCCAAAUACCAAUCACAUAUAGCAGCCUACUCAAUACGUGUUGAACCUACUUCUUUCAAUGAGGCAUCACAGGAUCCUAAAUGGAUUGAUGCAAUGAAAGGUGAGUUGUCUACUCUGGAGGAGAACAAGACUUGGAUUAUUACACCUCUGCCACUAGGUAAGAAAGCAAUAGGAUGUAAAUGUAUUUACAAAAUAAAGUACAAAGCGAAUGGAACAGUUGAAAGAUACAAGGCAAGACUAGUAGCUAAAGGGUAUAAUCAGAAGGAGGGUCUUGACUACCAGGAGACUUUUUCUCCUGUUGGCAAGAUGGUUACAGUGAGGGUGGUUAUAUCUAUUGCAGCAGUUCAAGACUGGUUCAUCGACCAGAUGGAUGUGCACAAUGCCUUCCUACAGGGAGACCUUUAUGAUAAAGCAUGCAUGCAGAUUCCUUAA